UUUGUGUAACGUUAGCUGCUGCCCCAAAAAUGCCAUCCCUGAAAACGUUCCUCGAGUACAGAAGUAAGAAGUCAGACGAAAGGCUUAAUUUCUCUUGCCAGAAGAGAAAAGUGAAGAAGAAAGAACAGACAAGUACAGUACAGAUAAAUAUUGGAAUAAUGUGUCUUCAAAAGGACAUCAUGAAACCUGUCAGAGGGAAAACUCUUCCACUGAUUCUGGAUCCUGACACUGACGCAGCUGGGUUGCAUCGAUUGGCAGUCAAGAAGAUGACUGACUUUAAUUCGGAUAUGGAUGAGGGCCCCUAUGUCCUCAUUUACCCAGACACAUCAGAAGUCAUUAAUAUUCCUGGUACUUCAACGCCAUUUAAUCUGAGAGAGUAUAAAACGGAAAUAGGGAAAACCUACAACCGAAUUGCUCUCUUUAUAUGUCUUAAAUCAGAUUAUGACAAAGGUGAACAACAAGAUGCAUCAGACUCUGAUCAGGAAGUCACCGUGAGACGCAAAAGAGUGACUGAGGUUGACCUUGCUGACACACUGCCCUGGGAACCUGAGCAUGAAAGUACUCCAAAAAGCACUGCAGAGAAAACAAGUAUAUCUGCAGCCCAUAUUAUUGAAAACUUAGCAGAUGCCAUAGACCACAACACUGUCAGCAGAUUCAACAUAACUCGCUCAAAUGUUUGGGAUGGAGCUGUCAGAGGGUUCAGACGUUCAACCUUCUGUGAAAAGUCCGACUUGCUUGUGAGGUUCACGGAUGAUGCAGGCUCUGUGGAAGAAGGAAUAGACGCAGGUGGACCAAGGCGAGAAUUUCUGACACUCCUCAUGAGCUUUUUGCAGUCUCGGCCUAUUUUUGAGGGACCUCCACAGAGUCGGUACUUGGUGUACAAUGCUGCAGCAAUCAGGGAGGAUGAAUAUUUCAUGGCAGGGAAGAUGAUAGCUGUGUCCAUUGUUCAUGGAGGACCAGGCCCACAUUUUCUUUCAAGGGACCUGGUGAACCACAUAGCUGGACAGCCUGGUUUCUGUGCACAUGUGACGGAUGUGACAGAUGAUGAGAUAGGGAGAGCUCUCAGUGAGAUUGAGUUGGCACAUUCUCUGAAGUCUCUGCAAGAUGUGUUACUGAAACACAGCUCCAUGCUUCAGACUGCUGGCUGCUUCAGGCAUGUCAGCUCCGUUGAAGAAAAACACACUGUGGUGGCAGAAUACCUUACCUGGUACACCAUCGGCAGGAAUCACAGUGUAAUUGAAAGAUUCAAAGCUGGACUGGCUAGCCUACACUUUUUGGAUGCCCUUUGCCAACAUCCGAGUGUACUGGCGCCAGUGCUGUGUCAUACGGACAAGAGGCUGACUUCAGUUGAAGUGGAACGACUCUUCUUACCACAGCUCAGUCCAGCAGGGAGCAACAGGAGGACUACAGAAACCGUGGCACUCAGCUUCUCGGCAGACUAUCUGAUGGACUGUGAAGAACAAGGACCAGUGUCACUGGAGGAGUUAUUCAUGUUCAUCACGGGCCUGAAGACAGAACCCCCUGCAGGAAUGACACCCCAUCCAUGCGUCACGUUUUCACAGGAGACUAUCUAUCCCAUGGCAAACACCUGUGCAAACACCAUAACACUUCCACUACUAGGAACGUACGCUAGUUUCAAAGCCAAUAUAGACUUUGGCAUCCAAAACUCCCCAGGUUUUGGAUGUCUGUGAAAUGGUAAAAGAAAGGGGUAGAACACCAUCACUGCAGUAUAGCUUUUUGGAGUUUUAUAAACUUGUGGAGUUCCUCAUGUUUGAGGUUUGGGGAAAAAUAUGUUUCAUACAGCGGUUUCAGAGUUUUCUUUAGACGUCUAUAAAGACAACGUUAUUAGUAGUGCUAAUAUGUUUAAGGAACACAAUACUGUUUUGCAGCGUUUUCACAAGAAUAAACAUUUAUUUUCUUAAAUGCAAAUAAAUCACUGUUUCCCAAAUCCUCAAAUGUCUUGUGCCAACUCUGUUAGGGCUCACAGCUGCCUAAUUGAAGGUACUGUCCCAUUCACAGCCCAGCUAUUCCCUUCAGUGUAAUCAACAGCUGGGAUGCUGCUUGCCAGGUAUCUGGAUGUUGAAGUCCAUGUUGUUGCAUUGCCUGCUGAAAAUAGUCAUUGAUGUCCGGAUCACCACAUGGAUCUUCUGUCUGAUGCCCGUCUUGAAAAAUGUGGGUUGAUGCUUCAUCCAGAGCAAAGCCACAGUCCCGUGACCCAAACCUAUAAAACAGUUAGUAUUAUAAUGAUGCUUGAGGGGAGAUGCUUGGCAGCAAAGUAUGAGAAUACUUUAUCACAACAGCACACUUAUGUUAUGUAAACUAAAUGCUCUGAAAUGAUAGUUUUUGAAACUAUGUCAUGAUGUGUUUUGUGGCCAUCUUGGUUAUUAUUAUUAGUGUGGUGUAAGCCUAUAUGGGUGUAAGCUCAUAUUUCCCAUUUUAUUUUUUUCUGGUGUGGCAGAAAUAUGCUUAUGUAAUACAAUACUGUUCAUGAAAUGUGUAUUAACUACAAAAUAUAAACAAUUUACCUGUGA